AGACAACAGGUUAAUAGGAUCUAUAAGUAUUUAAUGUAAUAUACAGAAUUAAUACCAAACAAAAAAUGUAUAUAUAUCGGGGAACGGGCAUCGUUUUCCACUUUACAAUUCUCUGUUGCAAGUCCUCAGGUAUGUAUUUUAUAAAACAUGUAUUAUCCAUUAUGCUCACACUGCCGGGUCAGAAAUUCCCAUUUUCUAUUCGAAAUGAUGGCGCCUUGGGGUUGUAAAACGCCAAGUCCCGUCAGACAUUUCGUCGGCCCUGCGUGUUGCUCUGUAUGCAAGGGAUAGAAUUUGAGAAUGUUUGGAGGCGGAGAGACUGGUUCAGUAUUGAACCGUGUCGCGAGCAGGAUGAGUCGCUGAGAGAAAGAGAAAUGCAGAGGCGAGGAUGAACGAAGUGGAGAUGAGAAGUGACCAGCCGCAGUUCUUGGAGGUACUGAGGCAACCCUGGCAGCCUGCAGCAUGUUAAUGUAAUGGAAACAGCAUCUGUGCCCCAGUUAGCCACCAAAAUACAUAAUCGGAAACAUAUCAGUACCGUCCAGCGCUAGAUGUAUCAAGCUGUGGUUGAGUUUGUCAGUGGAUGCACACGCAGGCCUGGGCCCUGUCAUGCACAACACCAUGUUAAAACAACAAACCUGGAAUAACACUGAGUUCUCUGACCAGCCGAUGAGAAAGCCAUGGAAAAAGCUGGUGGAAAAUGUAUGGUAUCAACUUCAAAACUGACUCCCGUCAUCCUUUCUCUCUGAGUCUGACCCAGAACUGGUUGUCUUGCCUUCUGCAUGACCCCGUUUACCUGUAAGGAAUCCUCAGUGACAACUUGGCUGUGCUAAGGACAUCUGCUAUCUACUCUGGAAGUCGCACGUAGAGCCAACAAAAUGGAUACUCAUAUUUGCAGCUGGCCUUCGUUGGGUUGAGAAUGUGAGGGCGAUGGGACAAGCCCUAUGAAACCAUAGCUGGAACAGCAGUAUAUCAAAAUGGCCCAAACCAGUUUGCUGCAGGGAAAGCGCUUUUACUGCAGGGAGUGGGUGUUUCACAAGAUCCAGCACUGCCUCCAGGAAAAAACCAACAGUCUGAGUGGGGUUACCACUUCCCCCAGGCCCCUGGCCUCCACGUCCCCCACCAAGGGUGCUUGCAACCCCACUGGAGGGAGCUCCGCUGCAGGCCCAGCCAAGGGGACAGCCUGGGGGGUGCUGCUGGUGGGGGGGCCGGGGAGUGGGAAGACUGCCCUGUGCACGGAGCUGCUGUGGCCCACCUCUGGCCAGGGGGCCCAUCGGGGCUUGCACCAGCAGUGCCUGGCCUUCCACUUCAGCCGAGCAGACGACUCGGACACCCUAUGCGUGGGAGGCUUCGUCCGGGGUCUGGUGGCCCAGAUCUGCAGAGGGGGUCUGCUGCAGGGUUACGAGCAGCGGGUCUGCGACCCCGACAUCCAGAGCUCCCUGCAACCCGGGGAGUGCGAGAGGAAUCCCUCAGAGGCCUUCAAGAAGUGUGUCCUCCUCCCCCUCCUGAGCUCCAAGCCGCCCCAGCAGUCUCUCUUCCUCCUGGUGGACUCCAUCGACGAGGGCAUUCAGCUGGGCGAGGGAGAACAGCGCCCCCCUCCCGGCUCCCCCAGGACCAUAGCCGAGCUCCUGGCCUUCCACCACGAGCUUCUCCCUCCCUGGUUGCUGCUCGUCUGCUCGGCCCGGCGCCAGAACAAGACCAUCACCAAACUGUUCACAGGAUUCCGUAAAAUCAGCCUGGAUGACCUGCGCAAGGCGUACAUUGUCAAGGACGUGCAGCAGUACAUCCUGCAGCGACUGGACCAGGAGGAGGCCCUGCGACAGCACCUCACCAAGGAGACCGCGGAGAUGCUCAACCAGCUCCACAUCAAGAGCAGUGGCUGCUUCCUCUACCUGGAGCGCGUGCUGGACGGAGUAGUGGAGAACUUCAUCAUGCUGCGCGAGAUCCGGGACAUCCCCGGCACCCUCAACGGCCUCUACCUGUGGCUCUGUCAACGACUCUUCGUCCGGAAACAGUUCGCCAAAGUCCAGCCCAUCCUCAAUGUUAUCCUUGCCACCUGCAGGCCUCUCACCAUCAAGGAGCUUUAUCACGCUGUCUGGACCAAAAACACGACUCUUACCAUAGAGGAUUUUCAGAAGAAGAUUGAUAUCCUCUCUAAGCUGUUGGUGGAUGGCCUUGGAGGAACCAAGAUCCUAUUUCACUACAGUUUUGCUGAGUGGCUCCUGGACGUGAAGCACUGUACCCAGAAGUAUUUGUGCAAUGCAGCAGAGGGUCACAGGAUGAUGGCCAUGCGCUAUACCUGCCGGGCCAAGCAGCUCAAACCGCUGGAGGUUCAGGAGUUUGCGCUGCAUCUCAUCAAUUCCAACCUGCAGAUCGAGCCUUUCAACCUCGCUCUGUGGAUGGUGUGGAACGGCACGCCCGCCAAGGACUCCCUGACCACAUCCAUCCCCAAAGAGCAAGAGGUGCUCCAGCUGCUGGUGAAAGCAGGAGCUCACGUGAACAAUGAGGACGACCACGCCUCCUGCAUCAUCCAGCAGGCGCUGGAGAGGGAGGACUCCAUUCGGACUUUGCUUGAUAAUGGAGCCUCGGUCAACCAGUGCGAUUCCAGCGGGAGGACAUUGCUGGCGAACGCCGCGUACAGCGGAAACCUGGAUGUGGUGAACUUGCUCAUUUCCAGGAGGGCAAACAUGGAGUUGGUGGACAACCAUGGGCAAACUGCACUUACUCUUGCAGCAAGGCAAGGUCACACUAAAGUGGUGAACUGCCUCAUUGGCUGUGAGGCCAACAUCAACCACACCGAUCAUGACGGGUGGACUGCCCUCAGAUCGGCGGCCUGGGGAGGUCACUCAGAGGUGGUGUCCGCUCUCCUCUACGCUGGCGCCAAAGUCGACUGUGCCGACGCCGAUAGCAGGACCGCCUUGAGAGCCGCCGCAUGGGGAGGUCACGAAGACAUCGUCCUGAACCUCCUACAACAUGGGGCGGAGGUCAACAAAGCGGACAACGAAGGAAGGACUGCCCUCAUCGCCGCGGCGUACAUGGGGCAUAGGGAGAUUGUCGAGCACCUUCUGGAUCACGGCGCGGAAAUCAAUCAUGAAGACGUGGACGGCAGGACGGCUCUUUCCGUUGCCGCUCUCUGUGUGCCGGCCAGUAAAGGCCACGCCUCUGUGGUCAGUCUUCUCAUCGACAGGGGCGCAGAGGUUGACCAUUGUGAUAAAGACUGCAUGACUCCCUUACUUGUAGCUGCUUACGAAGGGCAUGUUGACGUGGUGGAUCUGCUGCUUGAAGGCGGUGCGGAUGUCGAUCACACGGACAAUAAUGGGCGAACGCCUCUUCUUGCCGCGGCUUCGAUGGGUCAUGCCUCUGUUGUCAACACCUUGCUUUUCUGGGGGGCGGCUGUUGACACCAUCGACAGCGAAGGAAGGACUGUUCUGAGCAUCGCAUCCGCUCAAGGGAAUGUGGAGGUGGUGCGUACUCUGCUGGACAGAGGGCUGGAUGAAAAUCACAGGGACGACGCAGGCUGGACCCCGCUACACAUGGCUUCCUUUGAGGGCCACCGCCAGGUGUGUGACGCCCUCAUCGAGCAAGGAGCACGGUGCAUAGAAGUGGACAAUGACGGUCGAAUCCCUCUGAUACUGUCUGCACAGGAGGGCCAUUACGACUGCGUCCACAUUCUUCUGGAAAACAAGUCCUGCAUUGACCAACGAGGCUACGACGGGAGGAAUUCCCUCAGGGUGGCUGCACUAGAAGGUCACAGGGACAUUGUUGAACUGUUGCUGAGUCAUGGUGCUGACAUCGACCACAAGGACGCAGAUGGACGUCCGACCUUGUACAUAUUGUCACUUGAGAACCAACUUGCCAUGGCAGAGUACUUUCUUGAAAACGGAGCCAACGUGGAAGUCAACGACACCGAGGGAAGGACUGCCCUCCACGUAUCCUGCUGGCAGGGGCAUGUUGAAAUGGUCCGGAUGCUGAUUAACUAUCACGCCGACGUAAACUCCUGCGACAACGAAAAGAGAUCCGCCCUGCAGUCCGCCGCAUGGCAAGGUCACGUGAAAGUGGUGCAGUUUCUGAUCGAUAACGGUACUCGCGUGGACCACACCUGCAAUCAGGGGGCGACGGCGCUCGGCAUCGCGGCCCAGGAGGGGCACAUCGAUGUCGUGCAGAUACUUUUAGAGCACGGGGCCGACCCCAAUCACGCCGACCAGUUUGGACGCACCGCCAUGCGAGUGGCCGCGAAAGGGGGCCAUUCGCCGAUCAUCAAACUUCUCGAGAAGUAUGGAGCUUCGAGUGUCAAUGGCUGUAGUCCCUCUCCGGUGCACACCAUGGAACAGAAAACCCCUCUGUCUGUAACUGGGAAGAUGCAGUCCCUUACGAUUAGAUCUAACAGCUCUGGUAGCACCGGGGCUGGGGAACUACAGUCGUCAGGACGAGGUUUACCCAACGGACCUGUUCACGCUUUCAGCUCCCCAUCGGAAUCUCCCGACUCUACUGUCGACAGGCAGAAGUCCUCUCUUUCAAACAACUCUCUCAAGAGUUCCAAAAACUCUUCCUUGAGGACCACUUCAUCCACUGCCACUGCGCAGACUGUGCCGAUAGACAGCUUUCACGGGCUGACUUUCACGGAGCAAAUACAGCAACACUCUCUGCCUCGCAGCCGAAGUAGACAGUCCAUCGUCUCCCCUUCCUCCACCACCAAGUCCAUCGGUCAUCAGCCAGGUUCUCCAUUGAAUGAAUUUGACUGGGCUCAGGUCAAGCCCGGUCUGAAGUCAACCAAAGGUAGUAAAACAGGAAACGGCACUUCGAAUGGAAAAGGGGGAUCUGGAGAUAAGAAAAAGCUCAAGAACAGUGGCUCGAGUCAGGUUUUGGAGUACGAAAUGACCCAGUUUGACAAAAGGGUAGCUCUGAACAAGUCCGUGGCAAAUAUUUCCGUGAAGGAUCCUCAUUGCAAUAUCUUGGUUGGUGGGUCUACACAGCAGGACGGGGGCCAGACUCCAGAACAGUUCUUCUUCCAACAGCAGAGCUGUGCAGAGAAGAAGAGGAACGGCAUAAUGACCAACCCUAACUACCACCUUCAUGGCAAUCAGGUUUUCCUAGGGCGCGUCUCUGUCCCCAGGACUGUACAGGGCAGAGGUCAUCAGGACGUUCUGGAGAACUACCCCAUUGGGGAAACUGAACUAAGCCUUAAACAAGCCCUGAAACUGCAGAUUGAAGGAUCAGAUCCUGGGUUUAACUACAAGAAGGAGACGCCAUUAUAGCCGGUAAGAGAUGUCUCGAAUGCCAUUCGUCAUGCAGGCAUUGGAAGGAAUGUGCCAAAGCAACCAUAUUCAUCUGCAUAAGAACCGAUUCGUGUUUUUUCCACUCCGGUGGGACGACUCAGACAACCUAGAGAAGAAUGUUGACUGCUGCACAAGGCUUAUAUGAACUGAUACUUCGAUGUGCCUACAUCUGUUACAGCCUCAGUCUAAUCAUGCACACUAUCAUUUUAAUUUAAUGUAUUGAUAUUUAAUAUGCAGUGUAUGCACUUUUUAAAAA